AUGGAGCCCCGCAUCAAUUCCUUGAUCAACCCGGACCUUCUUGAUCAUCGUACGAAUGGCCAGGUUCCCUUCCAAUUCACGCUCCCUUCGAUAGCUUCGCAACGACCUGCUCCAGUAGAACCAAGCUAUAAUGCUACAGAUGACCUGCAAAGCGGACAUGGGCAACACUUCCAUGGACGUGAGCUUCUGUACCAGCAAUCGGAUCAUCAUACUGGAAGAGAAGAUAGUAGUCGCUUUCCCACUUUACAGCCUCGCCCAGGACUAGGUGGGACCGAGGGUAAUGAUGACUCGAGAAGUACUAGUCAUCCAAACAAGUCGUCUCGCUCUAAACACGGCGUUCCAAUAGCUGAGGUCCUCAACGGACCAGACACUACAGAGCCUUCGGCGAGAGGUGGUUUGGAUCACAUAUUACGAGAUGGAGCUUUGAAGCGUCGUAGGGUUGACGACAGUGAUACCAAUGGUAUUGCUGUCGAGCGUAAUACUAGUUCAGGUAGCAAUGGAAUGCUGACGCUUCCUCGACCUCACUCUAUAAGGAAGAAGGCGUCCAAACGACUACCACCAUUAUUACAGGGUUUGCAUCAGCCACCUCCUGAUGCCGGGCUAUUUCCUAGGAUCACAGAGAAAGAUGAGAGUACCGAUAGGGUUGUGAGCGCUCAUGCGCGGGAAGAAGAAACCAGGAACUCUCUGCCUGCUCCGAAAUUAUUGCCUGAAAAGGAAUCGCGCGCACCAUCUCCACGACAAAGUGCGGAGGAGAUAGAAAGCUCAGAGCAGCAGCCUAAAACGACUGGUAAAGAGAAGUCAAAGAGAAACAAGUGGACCGAUGAGGAGACAGCACACCUGCUCCGAGGAGUGGCCAGGUUUGGUAUUGGCAAAUGGAAGAAGAUACUAGAGUGUGAGGAUUAUGAGUUCAAGGAAUGCCGCACAUCUGUGGAUUUGAAAGACCGGUUUCGAUCCUGCAGACCAAGGGAUUACUCUCCACAAAGAAUUGUCGAUAAGCCAGCCGCUGUGGCAAAGGAUAAGGCACCUAAGCAUGUACCCAAGAAGCAACUCAAUCCGCGCAAGGCUACCUCUCUCAAGGACGCAGAUGCACUAGCAGAAAUGGGCAUCGAAGAGCCCUUCGCCAAAAGCACACGGCGCACGCGCAGGCCAUUUACCGAGAGCGAAGAUCGCGCAAUACUCGAAGGCUAUGAGAAGCAUGGCUCCCUAUGGCAUCUUAUCCUCAAAAGUCCAGAAUUCGACACCCGGUAUCGAAGUCCAAGAGAUCUGAGAGAUCGAUUUCGGACAAAGUUUUCGGAUCUGUAUGUCAAAUCUGGCCUAAAAUCCAAGGCUGCCGACGGUAUUACCGCUGCUGAGGAGUCUAGUAAUGCUCAAGCCGACUCUGUAGUAGCCACUGCGAAUCGGGAUAGUACCUCAAGCCAACCCCAGGAGCUCGUGGAGACAUCAGAACCUACACCGGCACGUGUCGCUCUCCCGACGAAUGCAGGGAUAACCACAUCUACGAAUUCUCUUAGAUCACUGACACUAAUGACCAACUUUCACGACGUGUACCCAUCUACCGCAUAUGAGGAGGAAUCUGGAGAUGACUAUAGCCCCGUCACCCUUAACAGAAAUAUAUUUGGAUGGGCCGAUGCUAAUGCACCUCUGCCACCACUGCAAUCCUUAUCGAUGUCUCUGGCCCCCGAGUCUGCAUCCUUCGUACCGUCGUCUGCGACCACCACAAACACAAGUCAUGGCAUUACAAUGAGCAUGCUGAUGACAAACGACUCGAUGCCACCCCCUCCGGCACCUACAGUCCAAAAGUCGGCUCAGCCAGAUAGUGUUUCAGGCAUGAGGGCAACGAGCAAGCCGUCGAAUUCACAAGCCCUACCUAGUCUCUCUUCGUUCCUUGAUUUCGCCCCUUCAGUCAGUGGGCGAAGCUCCAUGUUCAAUCUCCCACCUCCUUCAGACACACUUCCAGGCUUUGAUUUUGAUGGGCGCGUGGAUGGAUCACACACUGGGCUGCUGUGGGAGGACCGAGAUGAAUUAUGA